UUUUUUAAAUAGGCUGGAAACUGAGAAUUUCGAAUUUUUGGCGGUGAAAACAACUGCUAAGUGGCGCAGUAGUGCCUCCCGUGAGCGGCAAAAGUACUUGCUUACCUUGCCGCUUGCAACCUCCGUUCUGUUUAUCCAUGCUAUAGUUCAGUUUGUUUUCACGGCCAAAAUCCAUUUGGACAACCGGCCAACAAAAAAGAAAAAAAUACGUCCAAAACUGUAAAAUCGGCCCCCAAGAAAUGGACCUCCUCGGCUCGAUCCUCGACUCAAUGGAGAAACCGCCUGCCGUCACGGAAAAACAAAAAGAAGAGAUGAAAAGGCAGAAGAUGGCGAUGAAAAAGAAGCAGGAGGAGGAGAGAGACAUGCUGAGGAAAUUUAGAGAAAAGGUGCAGAGGCACAUCACUGAUUUCCUCGCCGACCAAAAUAGGUUGAGGCUCAAGUAUCCGCCUAUGGAGCAGGUCUUCAGGGCAGUCAUACACGAGGUUUCCGAGGAGGCGGGCGUCACGAGCCUUUCGUUCGGCCAGGAAGGCGUUGACAGAUACAUAAUGCUGUUCAAGAAAGAGUUUCCCCCUUGCGAUGACGAGAUCGCCGUACUCAGAAGUGGCGAAGAGUGGACGGAAGAAAAACGCAAAGAAAUUGCCGCUCAGAGGGAAAAGGAAAGGUUGGACGCCAUUGAGGACGAGGUGAGGCGUAAAAAGAAGAAAGUGGAGAAGUUCAUACCGAACUCGAAUUACACGAAGAAAUAUGAGCACCUGAUCGGCACCGAGGUCGCGAAGGAGGCUGCCAAAGUCACGCAGACAAAUAAGCAGUAUGGUUUUGUUCCUAGCGAAAACAAAAAAGACCACAGAUCCAUCGAAGAGACGCUGGCUGACAUCAAAAGGAAAAAGCGCAAGCUGAACGAAGCCAAAGAAGGUGAUACUUAAAACUCGAGGAUUUAACGACACAAAAACAACUCGUCCUACGUAUAUAUAUAUAUUUUUCCCAUCGUACAAAAUUAUAUCGUAUGUUAUAUUUAUAUAAAUUUAUCAUUGUCCUUAUAUAACAGGCAAAAUUUAUUGAAAUAGGUUUUAAUCAGACGGCGACCUUUCUCACGGCAAAAAUAAUAAGCCGAUUAAGUUUGUUUUUCGAUUAGAAAGAUUGUACAACGCCGACGAUUGGUCUUGCCCGUCAACAAAAUUUGUACAGAUUUGUGUAAUAAAAAUAAAAAUUUCAACAAAAAUCUGUAGCUUUUACUUUUUUUUUAUCUGCUGGCUGACUUUGGAUUAAUGGAUAAUAAGGCAUAAAUUAAAGGAUGAAACUUCUUAUCGCAUGUUCGUCUUUAAUUUAUGUCAGAAUCGCUGAAGUGCAUAAAUGAACAAAUCUCAAGUUUAUCGCCUUAUCAUGACUGUUCAAAUCAUAAAUUAAUGGAGGAAAAGAAUAGUCUCAUUUUGUGUAUUUAAUUACUGACAUAAUCACCUACAAUAUAUGGCAUAAAUUAAAGAAUGAACCUUCACUUUUUGCCUAGUUCAACUUCCGUUCGCAUUGCUAACAGUAUUGCAUAAAUUAAAGGAUAUAUGACCUGGUUGCCAAUGUCACACAUAAAUUGAAGGAUGUAGCAUCACAAUGUCUUCAAUUUAUGACCUAAUCGCCUGUUUAAUCCAGUGUAAUUUAACAGAUGAUGUUGCAUAGUAUCUUCAGGUUGCUAAUGCGAUGCUGAACAUAUUAAAGGAUGGUUGCACAUAUUGUCUUUAAUUUUCCAUCAUGUCGUUAAUGCAUAAUUAAAGGAUGGUGCCUCAAAUUUUACGACCUUUCACCAAUGUUGUAAAUUGAAGGGAGCCUCUUCUUAACUUUCUCUUAAAUGAUGACCUUUAUCACCUCUAUGUACUAAGGCAAAAAUUAAAGGAUGGAGCGUUGGCCAACAUAAAGGCUGGCAACAACAGCAACAGCA